CUUUUGCUUUUUUUUACACAAAAAAAAAAAAAAAAAAAAAAAAUCACAAACACAUGCGUCUUGAAUCAAAAGUAAAAAUAUCAAGGCUAGCGAAAUAUGCUGUCCUUGUUUAUAUCAUGAUUUCGUUAUUCUAUACAACAAAUCAUUAUUUUGCAUCCCAUCAUGCUAUAUCUUCCAACAAUAGAAAAGAAGAAUUUGAUCAGCGUAUAAAUUCUCUUCCUUAUCAGGAACUUUCACCACCCAUCAUUGUAGAUAAUAAAAUCAACCAAAAUAAUAAUGACAUGCUUCAGUCAAACCAAGUGACAUGGCCAGGUUCCAAAGGCAGCGACGAGAUUCAUGGUAUCUCUGCAGACCUUAUAAAAUCUAAAAUAUUCUCAAGCAGUAUGGGUUUAGAUAAUGUUACACCUUACUAUUUCAAGGCUUCGGCCGAAAUGAAAUCUCAGGAUAUCACUUUGGCUACUCUGGUAACUCGUAAUAGAUUUCGAGUUCUUAGCCGACUAGCUUCAAACUACAAAGGGCCUAUUUCUGCUGCGAUUCAUGUUCUAGACGACAAUGAAAAGGUUGCAACCAUCAAAGAAUUGGGCAAGAUCUAUAAUUCAAAUCCAGAUAUGCAGAAAUAUGUCGACAUUCAUUUGAUUAUUGAUAAAUUUGAUAGACAAUUCAACAUGUGGAGAAAUACUGCAAAACUAUUCACCCGUACAGAUUAUUUAAUGAUGCUUGAUGUCGAUUUCCAUCUUUGCACGGACUUUAGAAAGUCGAUCUUUGAAAAUCCCGAAAUUUCCAGGAUGCUUCAAUCAGGAAAAACUGCCAUUGUGGUUCCUGCUUUUGAAUACUUAAACCAAAAGGAUGGUAAUGAUUGGCGUACGUUUCCCACUGACAAGAGUGGUGUUGUUGACCAAGUUAAAAAGAUGAAGCUGGACUCUUUCCAUAGUAGCUGGGUUAGUGGUCAUGGUGCAACAAACUAUGAGCAUUGGUACACCGCAAAUGAAUUAUACCGCGUUACUGACUAUGAGUUCUCAUAUGAACCAUAUGUCAUUUACAAAAAGGAAGGUACGCCUUGGUGUGACGAACGAUUUAUCGGCUACGGUGCAAACAAAGCUGCGUGUCUCUAUGAAAUAUUUAUUUCUGGCGUUGAUUAUUGGGUAUUACCCAAUGAUUUCUUGAUUCAUCAAUCACACAAAUACGCCAACCAUGAUCGCACAAGAGAGCGCACCCAUAACAGAGUCUUGUAUGACAACUUCAGAAAUGAAACUUGUCUUCGCUAUUCAAGAAAGUAUGUAACAGAGGAAACUUGGUAUACACCAGCAGCUGACAACAUGAAGAAAGUCUGUACAGACAUUCCAAAGUGGAAGUACUUAUCUGGCAUUUCUAAAGAACAAAGAGCAGCGGAUUUAUUAGCCGAGGCAGCCGCUAAGGAAUCGGCAGCCGAAGAAACAACAUUACCAUUAGAAACAACAGAAUCAUUAUUAUCGUUAGAAGAUGAAAAUGAAAAUGAAGAAAUGACAGCAGUCAUUUGAUUAAUUUAUUAAAUAAAUCGUGUAUAUUUUUCU